UACAGACACUCAGAGACAGAGAAGGGGGAAGCCAAACACAUCCUGACUGACAGAGAACGAUCUGUGAAGAACAAAAAAAAUCCUAACGCUAGGUACAGAUUGUUGCUGCUUUGAACUACAGAAGGUGUGAGGGAGAACAGGCCUGGAGAUAAGCACAGCGGUUACUAGGAGAAGGUGAAUGUCUUGUGUCACAAAGAGUGCCAUCAGCAGACUGUGACACUGAAAAAUGUAUUAUUUACGGCUUCCACUUAUUGUCUGAUACGCUCAGCGCAUUUUCAUUCAUUUCACGUUUACUGGAUUUUGAUCUAUCCUUUUUGUCACUUUGACAAAAUUGGCACCCAAUAAUGCAUCAAUAAUCACGGCCAGUGCUUUGUAGAUCCUGUCGUCAUCUACCAGAACAUCUUCUACUAGAAUGACUUCUACCAGAAAAGCUACCAGAGCAUGAAACGCUAAAAUCAACCAGGACUAAGUUUAUUCUUCUCUUUUAAUUCUACCAAACUCUCUCAUCUCUGCUGUCAAGACAACUAGAGCAAGGCAUCUCCUUUAAGAGUCACUCAGCGCUAACAAGACAGACGCAGGGAGGGAGUAAAAAGAAGAAGAAAAGAGGGAGGGAGGGUGGGUGGAGAGCCGGAGAGAUUUGGCGCUCAAGUGUGAGUGAGAGAGAGCACGCAGAACACAACGUGCAAGUGUCUCAUCUAACCAUUGGCACUUUGAUGCAUUUCAAAGCCUCGCACCUCGCACCUCGCACUGAAGAAUCUGACAGAACGCGGUUAGCAUCUGAGACUUGUACUCGAGCAGACGGCUGAACGAAUGGGCUUUUAUUUGAGGAGCAGCAGUUCAGAAGGACUCGUCUGAGGCAGCUGUAAUUGAGGAUGAAUUUCUGAGAGACCUGCUGGGUUAGAAGAAUCCAAAUAGUGACUUAAGAUCUUACAACUGUCCAGAAAGCCAAAAAGGAGAGGGAAAUUCAUAAUGGAUGAAUGUCCUUGUAUUUGCUGGCAGUGCUGAUCUGUUUCUCAGUUUGUGGGUGCAUUUGGGUCUCUGAGAUUCUGCUUUAAGAGAACAAGUUUGUAAGGAGUUCUGGUACAGGUCAGUUCCACGCUGGACCACACAAACUAUCUGCAGGAGGUUUGGAGAGCAUGGGGAAAUCAAACAGCAAGCUCAAACCUGAGGUGGUGGAGGAACUAACCAGGAAGACCUACUUUACAGAGAAAGAAGUUCAGCAAUGGUACAAGGGCUUCAUAAAAGAUUGCCCGAGUGGUCAGCUUGAUGCUGCAGGUUUCCAGAAGAUCUACAAACAGUUCUUCCCCUUUGGCGACCCCACCAAGUUCGCCUCAUUUGUCUUCAAUGUUUUUGAUGAGAACAAGGAUGGACGGAUUGAGUUCUCAGAGUUCAUUCAGGCCCUGUCUGUGACCUCACGUGGGACUUUGGAUGAAAAGCUCCGCUGUAAGCAAGUUUUUGAUUAAUAAAAGCCCAUUCAAGUGAGAAUCAG